CCUGAUUUAUGAGGAUGGGUUCCAGGGAAGCUACUCUAAAUUACAUGGCCCUUAAGCCUGAGCCGAGAGAUGCAGAGAGGAGGUGAAUCGCCACUCUAGAGAGCUAAUUGCAAGCUCGAAUCUAUCUCAAGUGUUGAAACUCCCCUGAAAGGGAUGUGAGGGAGAGUCAGAGUAGGAGGAGGAGGUGACAGUGCCAUUUGCCUGGAGGGUGCCCAUAAACCUGAAGACAGAGAGAGAGAGAGUGCAUCAUUCUUUACAGGUGAGUGUACCAUGUGACCUCAAGAUCUUUAAAAAGCAGGCAAACCUGUCUUGUUGAGACACAGGUAAUCGCAUAGUACCAGAGCAGCUGAAGAGGGAGAAUACAUGGGCUGUCGGCACAGCAGCAAACACCGACAGCCCUGCAAAACAAGCCGAGGAGCUAUCAGUGAGGUCCCAAAGACUACCAGAGCCCUGCAGACACAGCACACCGUGCAGACCACAUCUAAACAACAAAGGCUCUUCACUGCAACUGCAGUACAAGUAGGAAGAUUUUAUGUUGUCUUGUCAGGUGUUCACAUUCUUGACACAAUGAGCUGCAGUAGUGUUGCAAGUUCCGAGUUUUCUGAGGAAGAGCUUGAGCUUGGCAGGCUGGUCCAAUGCGAAGAUGAGGGAAGUCCAAAGGCAUCAUUUCAAGACGAGAGUUCAACCAGCUGUCCAGGUGACGCAGAAGAAACCAAGAAGCGCAACCGACCGGUGCGCUCAAAAGCUCGAAGAAUGGCUGCUAAUGUCCGUGAGCGAAAACGCAUUAUGGACUACAACCAGGCAUUUAAUGCCCUCCGUGUUGCUCUAAAUCAUGCCCUCAGUGGCAAACGGCUAUCCAAGAUUGCUACACUACAGAGAGCCAUCAACCGCAUCUCUGCUCUCUCAGUAUUCCUGAGCUCUAAUCCCCCCAGUAAGCCCUGCACCCACCGGGAGUGCAACAGAUCAUCAGUGGGACCAGCAGCGAUGAGAACAUCACGGCUUGAGCAGGUCAAGCUAACUGUUCCUUGUCUGGACCAUCAGAGCUAUGUCCCCUGGCAUGCAUCCAUCUCUCAACAGAUGCAGCCACAGCCAGGGCCUCACAUGCACAGGCUGUCCGUGGAGCCACAUGGCUACAUUGAUAACACUGUGCCAUCAUGUCCCCCAUCACCCCACUACCCUUGUUAUCCCAAUGAGGGACUUUAUGCCUCACAUGGACACUGUGGCACCCGUGAUCAUCCACCCAGCCCUCUGAGCUAUCCUCAGGUAGGUGAGGGGUUGGGAUUCCAGCCAGGGAUGUGGGCCUCCUGCACGCAGGGACACAUGGACACUUUUGCAGAGCCAUCUACUACUCUGGUUCCAUGGCAGGUGAGCUAUCUGCAGGAGCCAGAGAACAGCUUCCCCCUGUGCUCUGAUGUACUGUAACAUGCUGCAUUGAGCACUGUGAGCCCCAAAGACUCUGAUGGACUUUUGAAUGGUCACAGGGAGUAAUUGAUGCAAAGUCUUGUGCUGUUACUGUUGCUGUUUAUGAACAUAACAGGAACACUGUUAUUGUAGAGCAGACACUGCAAGCUGAACUCACAUAAAAAAGGGAGCAAUGGCAAUUUAGACUGCAGAAUGUUGUAUGUGUAUAUGUAUUAGGUAAUGUAUUUUGAUCUUGCAUUUUAAAUGUUAAUUCUAAAGAAUGUUUUACCAUCUGUAGUAGAUAAUUCACAUAAUUAUAUAUUAUUUGCUGUGUUAAAUUGUUGCCUUUUUGGCCUUCUACAAAGAAUGAAUUAUUAGACAUUAUGUUGCAUUAUUAAAUGUAAGCUAAUAAAAUGGAUGAGCUGUCUAAUCCAAUCACACAUGUGAGCAUGAAAAACUGUGCUAUGUAACUGUCCACAGAAUGUGCUAUCUUUCAAGUAGUACAAAGUGCUUUGAAAGAAAAUGUGACUAACAUCUGGUGCCAAAGUGCGACACAUGUUAAUGUAUUUAUUCUCUAAACUGAAA